CGACGACAAGGUCAACGCGGAAGUUAGCUUGUUGCUACGUAGAUAUUUGUGCGAAGUCCUUUGCUUGAUUUUUCAAGACGCGACCAAAAAAUCUCGUUUUUUCUUGUGCCGCGAUAGUUUUAUUCUGUGGAACUGAUUUGACUCCCACCAUCCAAUAUGCCGCUUCAUAAAUACCCUGUAACAAUGUGGAAUGCUUUGAAAAUGAAGGAGGGCAUUUAUGCCAGGCUACCAAAACAUUAUCUGAAGUCUCUCGAGCCAAAAGAGCCCGCUGCAGUCCACUGGAAGCCUAUGGGAGUCCAGUACAGGUUGAACCCAGACACAGGGCAGAAGGAGCGAGUCCAGGAUGUCCCCAUUGAAAUCUACUACCCACCAGAGUCCCAGAAGGGGCUGUGGGGAGGAGAGGGCUGGAUAUCAGGCUAUAAAUAUGCCCAUGAUGACAAAAUGUCCACUCGUGUGAAGAAGGUAUGGAAACCACAGCUGUUCACAAGAGACCUGUACAGUGAAAUCAUUGAUCAUAAGUUCACCAUCACUGUCACGGCUCGUGCUCUGGACCUCAUCGAUGCCGCCUUUGGAUUUGACUAUUACAUCCUCAAAACACCACAAGAAGAUUUGAAUUCCAAGCUGGGAAUGGACCUGAAACGGGCCAUGUUGCUUCGCCUGGCACGCAAAGAUAAAGAGCUUUACCCCAGUGACCCAGUCAAGAGGGAGGCGGUCUACAACAAGUACAAGGCGUUUGUGAUUCCGGAGGAGGAGGCAGAGUGGAUGGGGCUAAAUCUGGAGGAGGCCGUGGAGAAACAGAGGCUGCUGGAGUACAAGGAGCCUGAGCCGUUGUUUAAGGUCUUCGUGAACAAGCUGGUUCGGGAAUUGACGAUCCAAAAACUCUCUGAGCCGCAUCUCGAAAAGAAGUGAUGAUGACUACCAUCCUUAGGAGGGCGGAGUUGCAUUUCCCACCGUAAAGUGAAGUAGGUGAUAGUGUCACGCUUCUUCACGUGGUGCUGGGACUCACAAUGUUCAGCUGAAAUGUUGAGUGUACUGAAUGCACACCCGGGAGGACUUUCUUCACUUUUUUUUUUGUGACUGAACCAAAGUGGCAUAAAGGAAGAAACCACAUUAGAUCAGUGUUUUCCUGCUUGUAUUUUGGAGUUUGCGUAUUAUGCGUGUGUGUUCCUUGAAUGACUGAGAUACACGUUUUCUAUAGGAUAUAUAAUAAAAAUAAAACUU